CAACGCAGCAAAUGGCACUCACAGCUGACAGCGAUCCAAGGAAAUAAGAAGCACUGAUCUUUCAACAACAGAAGUUUUCUUCAGAGAGGAAAUAAAUUCUUGUUCUUCAAGGGGAACAACUGCUGGAUCUGGACUUGGAAACAGUAAGGUUUUUUCAAGAGUUUUUGGCAAUUGUCUGGUUUUGACUUCCACAUUCCCAGAUCUAAUUUGGUUGCUGGCUCUUAAGGAAAUAUUGCAAACAUCUUGGAGAACCUCUUGAGCAUCACUUGAUAAUUUUUGUUGAGGAUUUUUCCAAUGACAAUGCCAGUGGUCAAAGUGGAGAAAGACUCUCCAGCAGACACCACAUUGCCUUCCUCCAACCCUUCUCCACAGACGGAGGAGCAGCAGUCCCGGGGCAGAAGGAGAAAGAGACCUCUUCAGAGGGGGAAACCGCCGUACAGCUACAUCGCACUCAUCUCCAUGGCCAUCGCCAACUCCCCUGACCGCAAGUUGACGCUGGGGGGCAUCUACAAAUUCAUCACCGAGCGGUUCCCCUUCUACAGAGACAAUUCAAAGAAGUGGCAGAACUCCAUCCGCCACAACCUGACCUUAAAUGAUUGCUUCAUCAAGAUCCCACGUGAGCCCGGGCGACCCGGAAAGGGCAACUACUGGGCGCUGGACCCCAAUGCAGAGGAUAUGUUCGAAAGCGGCAGCUUUCUGAGGCGCAGAAAGAGGUUCAAACGUUGUGACCUUAGCACUUAUGUCCACGAGACACCAGUCUUCUCUCCUGUCCAGAUCACGAGGUCAGCUGCAUACACCAGUUCCGUUUACCCCAACAUGACAGUCAACCCUGCAUACGGCCAGCAGCUGUCCUCUGCCUACUACCCCUCUUCAUCACCUCCUGGGUUUGCACAUGGUCAGGCCCGCAUGUUCAGCAUCAAUAACAUCAUUGGACACCCAACCUCAGCCAGCAUGCUGACAGGUCAAGGCCCAGAGAUGAUGCAGCAGCCCGGUCGGAGCUUUAGUCCAGAGGGUCUGCCAAACGGAUCCACUCCCUGCAGCCUGGGAACGCCGGGUUUCCAGAGUCAGCCAUGUGGGGGAGCAGUGCCGCCCCGCUCAAUACAUCCCGGGUUCACCUACUCCGGGCCAAACAGCCAUGCACACCACCACGCCCACCAGGGCUCCUACGGACAGGGUCACAGCCAGGGGUACGUAGCGGCAGGCCGGAUCCACGCCACAGCUCACGGCUCUGCAGAAACAAUGGACCAUUACGGCAGAGUUUCUCCAGUGCAGCUCGGCUCUUUCUCCCAGUACAACAGUGCAGCAGGUGCUGUUACCAACACUGGGGGAUACCUGAGACACCCGCCGUACCCCGGGAACAUGGACCGGUUUGUUUCUGCAAUCUGAGCCACUGAAAAUGUCCCAUUCAAAGCUUCGGCUUCACCAAUAACUUAAAAACCUUUAUGUGCACAAAUUAUUUUCUCUGCUUAAAGAACCAAACCGAACAGAUUGAGACAACAAAUGUGAUUUUUUUUCCUGCUUUUAUUUAAGAGCCCAUCUUCCAGACUGAUGGGAACUUCCUCUUUAACAUAUUCUAUGAGUUUUCACUCAGAUGUGCCUUUGUGUUCUUUUUCUUGGUCACAAUGUGAACGGAUAAAAUACAGACAAGCCUGCUGGGUUUAUGUUCAUAUAAAUUAUUGUGCUUCAUAGCAACUGGCUUUACACUAGGCUUGUUUACAGAGGAUUCAUUGUAGAAAGCAUGCAUGUCCUUUUUUAAAUAAAUAAAAAAUUUCA